AUGCCGUCUGUAGAUGGAAGUAAAUCUGCUUCCCGACUUAAUGUGACAAUUUAUGGCAGCAACAGAGCCAAUUUCCUUUCAUCAUGGCUGUUUCUUUGGAUAUUUCAUGUAUUAAAAAUAUCAAGAAAACAUAACUUAAGGAGAGACAACUUAUUUUUGCAAAAUUCUGAAAAAGCAAAAAUUUUAGGUGAUAAGAUAGAAGAAAAUUGGAAUGCAGAAUGUAAUGAAUGUAAAAAUGAUAGUGAAUUGAUCAAGUAUAUUGAACUAGAGAAAGAUGGUAGUGGUCAAGGAACUGCGCAUGUGUAUGCGGUUGGAAUGUUUCUCUGUGCGUUAUUUAGCAGCAUAUUUGUUCAUCAAUUGAUUGCUGAAUCUACAAGGAUAGGCGUACAGGUCCGUGCUGCAUUGAUGGUAUUGAUUUACCGUAAAGCAUUAAAACUUAGUACUGUUCGUGGUAGAAUUGGUGAUAUUGUCAAUUUGGUAUCUAACGAUUGUAAUAGGAUUGCUGAGGCUUGUGUAAAUCUUCAUUUUAUUUGGAGUUCUGCAUUGGAAAUAACCGCACUCAUAAUACUGCUCAUUUUGUUUCCUAUCCAAUAUAAACUCGGAAGGCUUACUUCUAGUAUAUCCAUCUCAAUAACAAGAAGCACAUCAUCUCGUAUACAUUUAAUGUCUGAAAUUUUAACAGCAAUAAAAUUGAUCAAAUUUUACGCAUGGGAGUUAUAUUUUCGUGAUCGUGUUAGUCGUGUAAGAAGACAAGAAUGGGAUCAUAUUUUAAAUGGGAUUGUUGUUAAAGUAUGGACAUACUGUGUACUGUUUGGUGCUCCUAUUUUAGCAAUGUUGGGAUGUUUAUGUGUAAGACUUUUAAUAAAUGAUGAUGAUACAGUGUUGGAUGCCCAUACUCUUUUUACAGUUUUGGCACUAUUUUACACUGUUAGAUAUCCUUUAUUUAUGCUUCCAAUUGCUGUCAAGACUACUCUAGAAGCGGGUCCAAUAAAUGGCGAUCCAGACUUAAGAAUAUAUAUUGAUGACGCUGACUUCUAUUACGAAGGAACGUCUGAACCAGUUCUCAAAUUUUUGAGUAUGAAAGUGAGAAAAGGAGAAGUCAUUGCUAUAGUUGGUGAUGUAGGAGCUGGCAAAUCUUCAAUAUUAGCAGCCAUUCAAGGUCAAAUUAAGAAAGAAAAUGGCGUUCGUAAGGUACUUGGCUCAAUCUCUUAUGUACCACACGACGCUUGGUUGUUGAAUGCCACCUUAAAGGAAAAUAUUCUUUUUGGGGAAGAUUUUGAUUCAAAAAAAUAUCAAGAGGUUCUACAUUGUUGUGCGUUAAAUAAAGAUUUGACUUUAUUGAGCAAUAAAGAUGACACAGAAAUUGGCGAUAAAGGUGUUAAUUUAAGUCUUGGUCAACGACAAAGAGUGAGUCUGGCAAGAGCUGUUUACAGUAAUGCUGAUAUAGUUUUAUUAGAUGAUCCUUUAAGGUUUGUGAGACAAAGCCAUUAUCUUUGUAACAAAUCAACUACCGGUAUUUUAAAAUAUCUUCCCGAGUGUGAUCGAAUCAUGGUUAUGAGGGAUGGUGAAUGCUUUGAAGAGGGAACUUAUGAAGAACUUGAGAAAAAAGAUGUAAAUCUUGCAUCUUUGGUUGGUGAAUAUAUGGAGAUAGAAGAUCCUGAUUUAAUUGAUGAAUUGAUUGGUGAAAUUCGAUUAGAACCAGUUUUGGAUGAAGAAAUUGAUAAUGAACCGGAAGAAUUACAAUCUGUAGUUGUCCUUAAUGCAAUGGGUCGAACAUUGACGAAUACUGACGCGGAUGAACAAACUAUUUCUCGUAUCAUAGAAAAAAAUGCUCAUACAAUACAAAAUUCAAGCAUUAAUGAACACACAAUAUCAAAAAUUAUUGAGAGGAAUAAUUUGACUGUCCUUGGUGGUGCUGGUAGAACAAGAAUGAUGGGUAAUCAGGUGAAUAGAGAAUUGAAUGUUACUGCCAAAGCUGUUGAAAGGAAUCAACUUACCAUUCACAGUAUAAAUGAACGUGAGGAUAUGUCAUUGAUGCCUGAUUCAGAAACCAAAAGAAAUGAACCGAAAAUUAGUUGGCAAUGUUGUGUAGACUAUUUUAAUAAAUCUACUGGAUUCACUUUAACAUUUUUAAUGAUCCUUUCGUUUUUUUUGAUUGCUGCAGUAAGAAUAUUCAGUGAUUGGUGGCUUAUAAAAUUGGUCGGAAUAAAGCGCAAUUUAAAUUAUGGUGUUUUUCUUGGAGUAUAUGGAGCACUUGUGGGUAUAAUUAUUUUAGGUGUUUUUAUACGUGGCGUGUUUUUCGCUUGGGCAAUGAUGAGAAAAAGCAUGUCUUUACAUGAUCGAACAUUUAGUAAAAUUAUGCGAGCACCAAUGGCUUAUUUUGAUAUUACACCUCUUGGGAAAAUCUUAAAUGUAUUUGCAAAACAUCAAUAUCUAGUUGAUGAUGUUUUAACUGACAACUUUUUAACAUUUGUAUCAUUUGUGCCACUUAUCAUCGGAACAAUUGUAUUUGUAAUAAUACUUGUACCAUGGACAGGAUUAGCUGUUGUUGUAUUAAUAUUCCUUUUAUGGGUUUUAAUAUAUUAUUCAAAAGAUGUUGAAGAAAGAUUUAAACAAUUAGACGCCGAUAGCAAAGCAUCAAUAUUUUCACAUUUAUCAGCCACAUUAGAAGGGCUUCCUAGUAUUCGUGUUUACAACGCACAAACGAGAUUUGAUGAACAAAACAUUGAUAAAAUAGAUUCAAACAAUAAAGCUUUAUUUGCAAUGAUGCAAGUACAAGCUUGGCAAUCAUUAUAUAUCGACAUAUUGGCAUCGCUCUUCAUAUAUGCAACUGUUAUAUCUGUUAUUUUAGAUAAUAAAGAUCCAUCCACAGCCGGUUUGGCAAUCGCUAGUUCAUUACAAUUACCUUUAUUUGGUCAAUGGAUGGUUAGAUCUGGUCGUGAUGUAAUUUCAAUAAUGGAAAGCGUUCAACAAUUACUUUAUUAUCGACAGGAAAUACCCUCUGAGGCUCCAAAUAUAAUUGAAGAUAAUCGGCCACCAUCAGAAUGGGGAAACCGUGGCGAGAUUGAAUUUAAAAAUGUCAUAUUGCGAUAUAAUGUUUACGGUGUCGCAGUAUUAAAAGAUAUUUCGUUUCAUAUUCAACCACGUGAAAAAAUUGGCAUAGUUGGAAAAACCGGAUCUGGAAAAUCUACUUUAUUAGUAAGUUUAUUAAGAAUAGUAGAAUUGGCAGAAGGACAAAUAUUAAUUGAUAACCUGGAUACUAAAACUAUCGGUUUAAGAGAUUUAAGGAAUAAAAUUGCAAUUAUCCCACAAGUAAUAUUUGCUGGUACAAUAAGAUCAAACCUUGAUCCAUUUAAUAAGUGUACCGAGGAGGAAAUAUGGGAGGCUCUUAGAGCAGUACAUUUAGAAGAUAAAGUGAAAUCCAUGCUAGGCAAAUUAGAUGCACAAGUUCUUGAGAACGGAAAAAUUUUUUCAUUAGGUCAAAGGCAAUUGUUUUGUAUAGCAAGAGCACUUUUGAAAAAAACUAAUAUUUUAGUGUUGGAUGAAGCAACUAGCGCUGUAGAUUUACAUACUGAUGUUCUUAUCCAAGAAACGAUCAAAAAAAAUUUCGCUGAUCAUACUGUAUUAACAAUCGCCCAUCGAUUGAACACAAUGGUGGAAGCCGAUAGGAUACUAUGUUUAAAUGAAGGAAGAGUUAUAGAAUUUGAUACGCCACUUAAUUUAUUAAAUAAUCAAAAUGGAUUCUUCUAUCAACUUGUAGCAUGUAGUGGGUCACAAGCAGCAGAAAAACUUAAACAAAUGACAAUACAACACGCAAAUUCAUCAAAUUCAUAUUCAACAGCUUCACAACCUUUACCAGAUCCACAAAAAACUGUUAGAUCAGUGGCGGAGGAGAAAAAUAGUGACGAUGAUGAUCAUGAUAAUAAAAGUAGUAGUAGUGCACGGUGCAAUGUGUUCAAAGAGGAACAAGAAGUGAAGUAUGAAACUAUUUCACAGUUGUAG